AUGAAACCAAUUCGCGUGGAUUCGACUUUGCAGCCUUCUACCACGGCUGCUACACAUCCCGCCGCCCGUCCCGCCUCCGAUCCCGCCGCCAAUCCCACCGCGUGUCCCGCCGCGCCUCCAUCCGCGCAGCCGGUACCUUUCCUCAGCCCGUCGCGCCCGCUAAUGGAACGCCUGCAGCGAUGGAAGCGCAUCUUCGGGCCGCGCCUCGUGCUGCUUCUCCUCCCCGACGGCUCUAUGAAGAUGUAUGCGCCUGGCGGAAAGACUACCGCGCAUUCCGCUUCCAGCGGAGACCUCUUCGGCGGAAAUACGCCCGCGCAUUCCUCCUCCGGCGGGGAUCUCCGCGGCGGAAAAACGUCCGUCAGCGGCGGAGACGUGCCCGCGCCGGUCAUCGCCGGGCUUCCGCGCGUCCUUGACUCGGCGCACCUCUCGCGUUCCGCGCGCCAUCACGCGCAGAGUCGGGUUCUGCGCAGGCCCCGCGGAGGCGGCGGAAGGGCUUCGGCGCGGCAGCUGACGGUGGCUGACGUCAUGCGCGAGCAUCCCGGGUAUUCCGUGGGAUCCAUGUCGUCGAAGCGCGCCGUGCUGCCGCGGGAUAAGGUGCUACACCCGGGAGGGACGUAUUACCUCUCUAAACCGGCUCUUGCGGAGCAGGGCGCGCUAGAAUCUCAGAAUGCGGAAGCUCAGAGGACGGAAGGAGAGAUCGCGGAAGGGGAGAGCGCGGAAACGGAGGGUGCGGAAGUGCAGCGCGCGAAGCAGCAGAGCGCGAAGCAGCGGGGCGCGCGAGCAGCUAACGAACCCGCGGGGCGCGGAAUUCAAGUAGGCGGAACGACAGCAUCAUCAAGCCCCAGCCCUGCGCAUGACGGGCUGGUGGGGGGAGGGAGAGACGCACAGGCGGAGGAAGACCCAGGGGGAGCAGAUGAAGGCCUGCUGGAUUCUCCAGGUGUGAAUCUGCCAUUGGAUAAGUCAGCUAAGGAUGGUGCCAGGCAGAAUCAGCAGCAGCAAAGGUCGAACCAGCAGCACCCGAGACAGCAACACCCGAACCGGAUCUUCAAAACCCAGCAGUCUCCCACUGCAGAGAAUCUGCAAUCCCCUAACCUGCCGUUUCCUAACCUGCCGUUUCCUAACCUGCCGUUUUCUAACCUGCCGUUUCCUGACCUGCACGAAGGCUGCGGCAGGGAAUCAGAAAGGGGUAGAAGCUGCGGGGAGAGGGGAGGAGUGGGUGGAGAGAGGGGCCGAGGGGAAGGGAGGGGAGGAGCGGGUGGGGAGAGGGGAGGGGGUGCGGAGAGGGGGCGGUUGAGGCGGCACGAGUCGAGUGAGAGCAGUCGGCUGGCAUCGGCUCUGCAGCAGCUGUGGCGGCAGGGGUCGGGCGGGUGGGGCGUGGGCUGGCAUGCUGGCACCUCCCCUGCUGCCUCUACCUUACCUGCUGCAAGCUCCCCUUCUGGUACUGCUGAUGGUGGCCGGGCUUCUGCUGCUUCUACUCCUGUUGCUGUUCGUACCAAUCCCGCUGCUGCUGCCGCUCCCGCUGGCGGUCGUAAUAAUCCUGCUUCUGGGGCCAGCCCUGCUGGUCCUGCUGGUCCUGCUGGUCCUGCUGGUCCUGCUGCUGCAGCCCACAAGCGAGCGGCGAGUGCGCUGUCACUUCACGCCCUGGCCACUGCUGAAGAAGAAGAAGAAACGGGUGAGAGGAGGGCCGGAGCGGGAAAGAGGAGCAAUGACGGGGGAGUGUGGGAGGCAGGGUGGAUACACGGGGAUGCGAGAAGAGGGAACACGUGUGUGGUGACUGCAGCAGGCCUUGGGAGGUGCGGAGGAGGGGAUUCUUUCGUAAGGGAGUGUGGAGAUGGAUGUUCAGCCCAUAAAGGUGGAGGUGGAAGGGAUGGGAAAGGCAAAGAGGGCGGAUGGGCUCAUCCCGAGCUCGGGGCGGCCACCAUCCAUUCCUGGAAGCUUCCUCGGUCGCACACGGUGGGGUCCCGAUCCAGUGUAUCCAAAUCCGCGGGCUAUGGGGCGGAUCUGAGGGCGCAGUAUGGGAUUAUGUCUAAGUCUGGUGAGCAUGGGGCGGACAUGAGAGCUCAGUAUGGUGUGUGUAAUGUGUCUAAGUCGGGUGGGCAUGGGGCGGACAUGAGAGCUCAGUAUGGUGUGUGUAAUGUGUCUAAGUCGGGUGGGCAUGGGGCGGAUGUGAGGGCUAGUGUUCCCUCCGAUGCCUUCCUCCAAUCAGCUCUCUUUCCCCCUUCUAUCAGCGGCCAAUCAGAGCAGCCGAGCAUGCUGAAGCGACCCAUCUGGGAGAAACCGCCACCUGGCGGGAAGGUUCCUGGAAAGGAGGAGUUUGCUUUGCGGAGGGAGAUGGUGGAAUUCAGGGCGGAAAAAAAUGUGGUGGUGGUGACUUUCGCCAACCAUGCGUUUUUGGAUUUCGUGCUCAACUGGGUGAAGCAUCUCACGGAGCUGGGGGUUACCAACAUUCUCAUAGGUGCCAUGGACAAUGUGAUUCUCACCGCACUCUACCAGGAGGGAGUUCCGGUCUUUGACCUGGAGAGUGGCAUGAGCCCCGAGGACAGCGGGUGGGGCACGCCAGUGUUCCAUGCCAUGGGGCGGGAGAAAGUGACUCUGGUGAACGUGUUCUUAUCGAUGGGGGUGGAACUUCUUAUCUGUGACACUGACACUGUUUGGCUCAGGAACCCUCUGCCCUUCAUCGCUCGCUUCCCAACAGCAGACGUCCUCACAUCCAGCGACCACCUAGUCCGCUCAGUUGAUGACGAGUCCCUGGAGAAAUGGCAGCAAGGUGAGAGAGCGGUGAAUAGCACAGAGCGCGUAAAACAUCGGCAUUCUGCAUUUCCGCCCCACCGACCCGGCCAAGCGCCUAGAUCGAGCAUGGGCAGAGCUGCUCACUUCACCAGUGACCCGAAGAUAUGGGACCAGAACGGCUGUUUCAAGUGGGAACUCUGCAUCCUCUCUCUCCCUCUCUCCUCCGCAUCCCCCUGCUCUACCUGUGCCUACUCCCCCCUCCCCCUCCUCCCCCCUCCCCCUCCUCCCCCCUCCCCCUACUCCCCCCUCCCCCUACUCCCCCCUCCCCCUACUCCCCCCUCCCCCUACUCCCCUCUCCCCCUACUCCCCCCUCCCCCUACUCCCCCCUCCCCCUACUCCCCCCUCCCCCUACUCCCCCCUCCCCCUACUCCCCCCUCCCCCUACUCCCCUCUCCCCAUGAAACCCUUACAUUCCCCCUCGCUUCUCCACCCCCCAGCACAGAGCGCGUACAACAUAGGCAUUCUGCACUUCCACCCCACCGACCCUGCAAAACGCCUGGCACGCACAUGGGCGGAGCUCCUCACCAGUGAUGCCAGGAUAUGGGACCAGAACGGGUUCAACGAGAUCAUUUGCCAGCAAUCAGAUUCGGCCGUUUCAAGCGGCAUUCUCUGCUCUCUCUCCCUCUACCCUUGCCUCCUCCUCACUCCCUCCCUCCUUCCCCUCCUCCUCUCUCCCUGUAAAUCCCCCCCUCCGGUCCCUUUACCCAUCCCCCCAGCACAGAGCGCGUACAACAUAGGCAUUCUGCAUUUCCGGCCCACCGACCCGGCCAAACGCCUUGCACGUGCAUGGGCAGAACUCCUCGCAUCUGACGCCAAGAUAUGGGACCAGAACGGGUUUAAUGAGCUCAUGAGGAAACAAGCAGACACAGCUGUUUCAACACAGAGCGCGUACAACAUAGGCAUUCUGCACUUCCGCCCCACAGACCCGGCCAAACGCCUGGCACGCGCAUGGGCAGAGCUGCUCGCAUCUGACGCCAAGAUAUGGGACCAGAACGGGUUCAAUGAGCUCAUGCGGAAACAGAUGGGGCCGGAGGUUGACCCUGCUGCUGCCGACCACCUGUUCUGGGCGUUUGAUGGCACUCUGAAGCUGGGGAUCCUCCCUAGAAUGAGGAAGCACAUGGGGCCGGACGUUGACCCUGCUGCUGGGGACCACGUGUUCUGGGCGUUUGACGGCAGUCUGAAGCUGGGCAUUCUGCCUGUCUCUGUCUUCUGCUCGGGUCACACCUACUUCGUUCAGCAUCUGCACAAGGUGGUGGGCCUGGAACCGUAUGCUCUGCACGCCACUUUCCAGUUUGCUGGCACUCCCGGUAAGCGCCAUCGCUUCCGAGAGGCCAUGGCCUUUUACGACUUUCCAGAGUACUACGAUCCACCAGGUGGCAUCGUGUCAUUCGUCAACGACAUUCCAGAGGAGCUGCUGACGGGCGGCGAUCACACUCUCUCAACGCACUUCCACCUGGUCAACUACCAGCUGAAGGGACUUAGGACGGCACUGGCCAUUGCUCUCAUCCUCAACCGAACCCUUGUCAUGCCAAGCACGUGGGCUCGAUUUGAUCGCAUCUGGUACCCCCAUAGAGGCAUCCUCGAUAACACUGCAACGCCACAGCCAUUUCUCUGCCCACUCGACCAUAUCCUCAAUGUGGACAGGAUGCUUCCGGGGAAGCUUCCAGAAGAGGAGUUUGGCCCAGCAAUACCCUUUCGGGAGUACUCUUUCCUUGACAACCCUCGUGUCCCUAAAGAGCUCCGAGCCUCCAAGCUCUCUGUGCGCAUAUGCAACGACACUGCUCCCGAUUGCCCCACGGAAACGGACGCUCAGGAUCUUCCCAGAGCUCACACACUCGAUCUGGUGCUGAGGAGAGGCGUGCGAGAGAAGCAGUUAAGGGAGGCAUUAUCGCGGUUUUCAGGUGUGAAGUGGAUCGAGUUCAGUUCUCUACAUGAUGUGUUUGGUGGAUGGGAUGACAAGAUCGUCAAAGGCGGCCUCCAGCUGUCCGAUGAGGCCUCCGUAACAGAUCUCCAGAAAGCCCUUCACAAAACGAAUAAAAAAUGGUACCCUGCAAGGCAGAGAUUCACUCUCCCAGCACCAGCAUCAGGAGCCAAGCCCGUCGUUCUGGACGCCAAAAAGAGGCUCGCGGAAUACUCCACAGGAACCACAUUGGACGUGGUCUUUAAGGACCUCGGCCCUCAGAUCGGCUUUAAGACGGUCUUCUUCUGGGAGUACUUCGGCCCUCUGGUCCUCUACUCGCUCUUUUACUUCUUUCCGCAAGUGUUCUAUGUGGACGGUGCCAACAGGAAACUCAAAGAUGUCCAGACCUACGCACUCAUCUACUGGACGUUCCACUACACGAAGCGCAUUCUCGAGACGUUUUUCGUCCACCGGUUCAGCCACGGCACGAUGCCGCUUCAGAACCUGUUCCGUAACUGCGGUUACUACUGGUCUUUCGCAGCGUUCGUGUCGUUCUUCGUGAACCACCCGAUGUACACGCCUGUCAGCGAGACCCAGAUGGCGAUCGGAUUCGGCAUCGCUAUAGUCAACCAGCUCUCGAACCUCUACUGUCACAUCAUUUUGAGGAACUUGAGGUCCGGCUCGAGCUCGGGUUACCAGAUCCCGUCGGGCUUCCUGUUCAACUUCAUCACGUGCGCCAACUACACGACGGAGAUCACGGCGUGGUUGGGAUUCAACAUCGCCACGCAGUCCGUCGCCGGCUACCUCUUCAUGCUCGCCGGCGCCAUGCAGAUGGCCGAGUGGGCUCUCGCCAAGCACAAGCGCCUUGUGAAGCUCUUUGACGGCAAGGAGGGCCGUCCCAAGUACCCUCGGCGGUGGAUCAUGCUCCCUCCUUUCUUCUGA